AUGGCGGAUCACGAGGAGGCUAAUAAGGAGGAAGUCGCGGGAGACGUGGAAGUGAAGGAAGCGCAACCCGAAAAGGCGAAGGAGGAGAAGAAAGAUCGCAAGGACCGGAAAGACCGCGACAAGGAAAGGGACAAGGACAGAGACAAAGACAGGGACAAAGACAGAGACAAGGAGAGAGACAAGGACAGAGACAAGGAUAAGGGUCGAGAUAGGGACAAGGACCGCGAUCGCGAGCGGGACAGGGACCGGGAUCGGGACAGAGGACGAGACCGCGGGAGGGAUAAGGAUCGGGAUAGAGACAAGGACAAGGGGAGAGAUAAGGACAAGGAGCGAGAGAGGGGUUCGGAGCGGGACCGUGAUCGCGAUCGCGAUCGCGAGAAGAAGCGAGACCGUAGUAGAUCGCCGGAUGGAGGCCGUUACCGUCGCAGCCGUCGCCUGGGCGGCUACUCGCCCAGGCGACGAGAAAACGACCAGGGAAAUCGCACGCCGUCGCCGGGGUCGCGCGCUCGCAAGCAGCCGUCGCCGGAGAGGAGGAAGAAGCGCGGGUGGGAUCAGGGGCCGGAAGGCGUGGACCCUGCGAUUGCGUCGGUCAUGGCACACGUGGCAGCCGCUCAGCAAAUCGCCGCCACGCAGACCGCCGCCAUGGGCUAUGGCGGAAUGGGCGGAUUCGGCGGCAUGGGGGGAAUGGGGGGGAUGGGGGGGAUGGGGGGAAUGAGUGGUAUGAGCGCGAUGUUGGAUCCCGCGAUGCUGGCGCAGCAGGUGGCGGCGGCGCAGCAGACCGCCGCGGCGAUCACCGCAGCCGCGCAGGAGCAGAAUCUCAUUCCCGCCGCGCAGUACGACGCGGGGGGGUUUGACUCGUACCAGCAGCAGCACACCCCGCAACCGAUGGCGCAGGCGCAACCUUCCGCGCCGAUGAACCCGGAGCUCGCGCAGCAGCUGCAGGAGGCGCAGCAGAAGGCAGCCGCGGCGCUAGCCGCCGCAGCGCAGGGGAUCCUUCCGCCAAGCCUGACCGGGGGAGCGCCCGGGGGAGGCGGGGAAGGCGCGGGGCUGCUGUCGCAGCCGGCGGGGGCGCCGGCGCCGGCGCCGUCGCUGGCGCAGCUGACGCGGCCGGCGCGGCGGUUGUACGUGGGGAACGUGGCGCCGCAAGUGACGGACAACGAUCUGCUGGAGUUCGUGAACGCGUCCAUGGCGUCCAUCGACGCCGCGGAGGACGGCCGCAAGCCCUGCAUCGCCGUCACGUCGAACAAGGAGAAGGGGUUUGCGUUUGCGGAGUUUGAGAAGCCCGAGGACGCUACAACCGCGCUACAGCUGGACGGCAUCGUGCUGCACGGGGUGGGGCUCAAGAUCCGCCGCCCCAAGGACUACAACCCCAUGCACGCGCCCGGGUCAGAUGCGAACGCCAUAGCGCUCGGCGGAGGGGGCGUGCCCAGGCCAGUGGUGGCUGCAGCAAAGGAGGUCAUCACCAACGUCGUGCCGGACGGGCCUAACAAGUUGUUUAUAGGCGGCAUCCCCCCAUCGCUAUCAGCUGAAAAGAUUCGCGAGGUGCUGUCAGCGUUUGGGCAGCUGAGGGCGUUCCGCAGGGAGCUGGACCUCAACGCCAAGCCCCCGCGCGCAUUUGCAUUCACUGAGUACAUGGAUCCGAGUGUGACGAGUGCAGCACAGGCGGGGCUGAACGGGCUGCCUCUGGGCCACCACGCCAUUCUCACCGUCGUCAGAGCCACUCCUGAUGCCCCUGAGGAGCCCCCUCCUGACGCCACACCGACCUACUCCAUUCCCGAGGAGGCCAAACCGCUGAUGCAGACUCCCACACGCAUUCUGGAGAUUUGUAACCUGAUGACAAAGAAGGAGCUCAGGGCGAUGAGCGAGGAGGAGUUUGAGGACCUAGAGGAGGACAUUCGCCUCGAGUGCAAGCGGUUUGGCACGGUUAAAUCGCUGCACAUCGUUCGUCCCAAGGAUGUUACCAACCCUGAUGAUAGCGACAGUGACAGUGACGAGGAGGAGGAGAAAGCAGAGGUGAAGGAAGAGGUGAAGGAGAAGUUGGAAGGGAUUAAAGAGGAGGAGGAGAACGAAGAGGGGGGAAAGGAGGUGAAGAAGGAAGAAGAGGAGGUGAAGGAAGGGAAGGAGGAGACAAAGGAAGGGACGGAGGUUAAGGAAGGGGAGGUGAAGGAGGGAGAGCAGGAAGCAGCAGCAAGCGAUGCGGGUAAGGAAGUGAAGAAGGACCAGGAGGAGGAGAAGGAUGCUGGGAAGGAUGAAGGUCUGGGUGGGGGUGAUGAGGAGGCUAAUAAGGAGGAGGAGAAUAAGGACGCGGAAAUGAAGGAUGUGGAAGCAGUGGCGGGUGAAGAGGCAGUAGAAGCUCCUAAGGAGAAGGUGGAAGGAGCAGCGGAGGGAGAAGCUGUAGCAGUAGCAGAGGAGGAUGAUGUGGAGGAGGUGGUUAAGGAUGAGGAGGGUGGGGUGAAGGGAGGAGAGAAGGAGGGGGAAGAGAAAGAAGGAGCAGAAGAGGGAGGCGAUGAGGAGAUGAAAGAAGCAGAGGAGGAAGCAGAGGGCAAGGGUGAAGGGAAGGCAGAGGAGGAGGGUGGGGAAGGUGCAGAUGCGCCAGGAGAGUCUGUGGUUGAGGAGGUUGAGGUGGCUCGAGCCGAGGAGGAGGGUGGGAAAGGCGCAGCAGGAGAGCCUGUGGUCAAAGUAGCUCGAGCGGAGGAGGAAGGUAGUGACUCGGAUAGUGAUGUGGUGGAGGUAGUGCCAGAGACACGAGGGGAGGUAGAGAAGGGAGAGAAGGAAGAGGAGGAGAAGGGGGAGGAAGAGGUGGAGGAGGUGCAGGGCGGUGUGCGUGCGUCUGAGAAGAGUGGUGAGGGGGAAGGGCAUGCACUUGAUGGGUUGGCGGAUAUUGCUGCUGCUGCCGCUGCUGAGACGGCAGGGGACAAGGAGGAGGGAGAUGCUGAGGGAAAAGAAUCCGAGGGUGGGGGAGGGUUUGCCCUUGAUCUGAAUGUGACUGUUGAGGGGGAGGAGGAGGGUGGGAAGGGUGGAGGAGCGAAAGAGGAGGCAGAGGGCGGGAAGGACGAGACAGAGGGAGCAAAGGAGGAGGUGUAUGAGACGGCUUCAGAGGAUGAAGGGGAGAAGGGCGAGGGAGGGGAGGAGGCUAAGGCGGAGGAGGGUGCAGAGGCUAAGAAGGGUGAAGAGGCAAAGGAGGGUGUGGAGGCGAAGGAGGGUGAAGGGAAGGAAGGGAGUGGGAAGGAGGGAGAGGGUGAGGGGAAAGCGGAGGAGGGGAAACAGGAGGAGCAAGAGGGGAAAAGUGAGGAGAAGGAUGGGAAGCAGGAGGCAGACACAGUGGAGGGAGCAGCUGCGGGGAGUGCUGUGAAGGAGGGAGAAGGCACAGAAGCACCAGGAGAGGGAGCAGCAGAUGAAGCAGCAGAGGGAGCAACAGCGGGAGCAGCAGAAGAAGCAGCAAAGGGAGGAGCAGCGGAAGCAACAGAGGAGGGGAAGGAGGGCACAGAGGGGAAGGAUGCAGAGAAGAAGCAGGGAAGCAUAGAUGUACCUCCCCCAGGUGUCGCCACCCCAGCUGCUACUCUUGCUGCGCCAGGUUCUAUCCGCUUCCCUGCUCCGUUUGCCCCUGGUGCUCCUCCCCCAGGCGCUGGCAAGGGGUUACUGGGGCACCAGCCGGGGCAGGUGGGAAAGCCGGGAGAAGCAGGUAAGCCAGGGCAACCCGGGGCUAUUGUGCUGGCUGGGUCUAAAGGGAUGGGGGAUUUGGUGGAUGCGGCGCGGAGGGGUGAAAGGGAAGUGGAGAAGUGGAGGGUUGGGAGGGCGUAUGUGGAAUUUUCGCGAGAGGAGAGUGCGAGUCGGGCGGCGCAUAUGUUGCAUGGGAGGGUGUAUGCGGGGAGGAAGGUGACAUGCUCGUUUGUGCCACUGAGGGUGUAUCAGAAGAAGUUUAACAAGGGGUUGAAGCCGCGCACGCACGAGGAGAAACAGGAAGCUGCGCUGGCUGUGCAGGCACAUUUGACGUCCCACUUGCCUGAUGACUUUUAG